AUGUUAAAGUGCCGUCAAGUGAACACGACAAUAUCCAUAUUGACCACCCAGGAAAACUAUGAACGUCCAACAUCAACACGACCUGAUCCGGUCAAGCCUGAGUCACCACUGGGAUUAGGAGACAAACUAAAAAUUGGUAGCCUUACUCCUAGUAUGGCUGGUCUGGGAAACAUGUUUCGAAAGGCAUCAAGUUUCCUUGGCUUCAGCAACACUGACUCACUGAAGCCACCACCUCUCGAUGGUGAAAUAAUUUACAGCAAAAACAACGUGUGUGUUCACCCGCCAGCACCUUUGUCUCUAGAUGUGGAGCAUCACCCAGGAUACCUUACAAUUCGAUCACAGAAUGAUUCAGUAACUGGUCCAACUUUAAUACUUACAUGGAUCCCCAAUGCUACAUUAAAGAGAAACCCACGAAGUAUAGAAAACAGUCCUAAUCGUUCAGCAAUGGGCAGCCCAAAGUCCAGUCCACGACGAACUCCAAAGCAGGAUUAUGCCCGUUCGGACAACCUGGCCACCCCGUCCCCCAGCAUGUCCCCCCGCGACUCCUUAGUAUCUAUGGGAAGUGAGCAGUGUUUGUGGAUAGAGCAACGGAGAAGGUCAAGGCAGCGAGAUGAUAGCAGCCUCUGUUCUGAGAUCUCUGUGGGAUCACGAGAUGAGACUAGUGAUUAUGACUCAUAUCGUGACAAAUUUGGACCCAGUAACAAGUCGCAGACAGAUUCUGGUGUUGGCACUGACUGGGAUCAUACGAGCGGACAGUCUGCGCCGAACAACGAGAAGGCCGUUUCGACUACUCGCACCAGAGUCCACAAGGUGGGGGUCAAUGUCAAUGAUCUGAGUAAAGAAAAUAAAAGAAAUCUAGACUCUGCAGAUCCUUAUUCGAAAACGUCAAAGUACGACAGCUCUUCCACAGAAAGUGAAGGUAUAACACCAGAGGAGCAGCUGGCUGCUAUGUUGAAAAAAAAUAAGCUUUAUAGGAAGUCGCGGGAACGUCUUGGCUCUGACCGCUCGGUGAGUAUUGAGAUGGAAGGGGACAACCUUGUCGUCGUGCAAGAGGACAACAUGCUGAACCUCAACAUCCACCAAAAAGAGAAAAAAUAUGAUAUGGCAAGUUCGCCAUCCACUGACUUUGAUCAGACAAGUUUGAGUUCUGAUUCAACAGACCCGAGUCCAACUGGAGAACAUUAUCGGCUUAUGGUUGGGGAGCUCCGACGGAAAUGUGCCGAACUAAAUGACCGGCUUAAUGAAUCAAUGACUAAUGGCAAUGAAGAUUUACUGGUCACAGAAAACCCAACCUCAGAGACUACAAGUUUAGAUUCUUUUAGCUUAGAGCACCAUGCUAAUGUGGACACAGAGCCAUUGCCUCCCCGUCAACUGCUGGAGCACUUUAACAAUGGCAGUGACAGUAACGUACAGAAUAUGACAAUACGAACACCAGAUGUUGAAGUAACCCGGUAUCGGCUAUCAUCCUCUUCAACCUCUACAUCUGGUCCCGACUCACGUCCACCCACCCCAUAUCUCUCGCCGGAUCAUUCGGCAACUUCAUCACCCAGGCAUCAGCGGGAUUCAUUGUCAGGGAGCAGUUCUUGUUCGUUAGCUCAUAACCUCUGUUUCCCAGAAAACUCAAUGUCAUAUAUGCGUAAAAGAAAAGAAAAACGCAGCCCCAAAGAACAAGUUUGUGGAGUGUUUUCAGUUGACCUUGCCCAAAUGCGUUCUUUACGACUGUUCUAUGGAGACAAGGAAUGUACCCGAGGUCAAGUUGUUAUUGCUAGCCGUGAAAGCCAAUACAAAAUUUUGCACUUCCAUCACAGUGGGCUGGACAAAUUAGCAGCAAUCUUUGAAGAAUGGAAUUUAUUUGCCAAUGCAAGGGAAAAGCGUAAAGAUGAAUCUCCCUACCGGCAGUUCCUCAUCGUCCAGCCUACACUAAUGGAUAGCCAGUGUCAUCCUGAGGAAGGGGUUUAUGGCCUGGUCACAGAUGAAAUUUGGCAACAGCAUAUGAACAUUCAUGGGCAAAUAGAAGAUGAUUUUCAACUCAGAAAGGCAAUAUUUUUUGGAGGUGUUGAAGCCUCAUUGCGGCAUGAAGCUUGGCCAUUCUUAUUACAUUAUUAUCCAUUCGACUCCACAUUUCUGGACCGUGAACAUAUCAGAAAUGAUAAGUUUAUACAAUAUCAGGAUAUUCGCAAACUAAAGGAGACAAUGUCUGAAGAAGAGUACCGAGAGUUCUGGCGCAAUAUUCAAUGUACUGUGGAGAAGGAUGUCGUCCGUACAGAUCGUAGCCAUCCUUACUUCAAGGGAGAAAACAACCCCAACAUAGAAGUGCUCAAGAAUAUUUUGCUCAACUAUGCCAUUGCCAACCCUCGUAUGGGCUAUACGCAAGGAAUGUCUGACUUACUGGCGCCAGUUCUAGCAGAAAUUCAACAUGAGGUAGAUGCCUACUGGUGUUUUGUGGGAUUGAUGCAGCGUACAAUUUUUGUCAGCUCUCCAAAGGAUUGUGACAUGGACAAACAAUUGAAUUACUUGCGUGAAUUAUUGCGACUGAUGCAACCCAAAUUUUAUGAACACCUGGAAAAGUUGGGCGCAGAUGCAAUGGAGCUAUUGUUUUGUCAUAGAUGGAUUCUACUCUGCUUCAAAAGAGAAUUUCCUGAAACAGAUGCACUUCGUAUCUGGGAAUCCUGCUGGGCUCAUUACCAGACUGACUAUUUCCAUUUGUUCAUCUGUGUGGCCAUUGUGAGUAUUUAUGGUGAAGACGUGGUGGAGCAAGACCUGCCUGAGGAUGAGAUCCUGCUACACUUCAGUAGCCUGGCCAUGCACAUGAAUGGAGAACUGGUCUUGCGCAAGGCCCGUGGAUUAUUACACCAAUUCCGAAAAAUUCCCAAAAUUCCCUGUACUCUGCAUGGACUUUGUUCGCUCUGCGGUACAGGCAUGUGGGACAGUGGCCAUGUCCCCACAGUGGAAUGUGUAGGCAACCACAGUGAUGAUGAGAGUUGUCCCUAUAACAGCAGUUCUUCCACACCCGUACGUUGUUUAGACUCAGAUUAA